AUGUCUCUCACACUCGGCAAAGGCAGACAAGACGCUGCUCACCUCAUUGGCGGAAGACCUUUUCAGCUCUUCUGGGACAUGUGGCAGACGGAUAUUAGUACUUGGCCUGUUCGCCAACUCUUGCGGUCGGCUGGUCUGGCAUUCCAGCCUUCAAGAGUAUCAGAAAGGAACAUCAUCGCAAGAGUCGACUAUCGAAAAAUGAAGUCGGCAGCCUCUGACCAGGGCAAAAGAGUCUGGGGCCAGCGUUGGCGGUCGUCUACAACGUUCGGCAUUGUGUGCAUCUCCAUCGCCCUAUUCGCAGAAAGCUUUCUUUACAGCUUCAUCAUCCCCAUCCUGCCCUAUAUCCUGCAGGAGCGAAACCACGUAGACCCCUCGGAUAUCCAACGGCUUACGUAUCAGAUCUUGACCCUCUACGGCCUUGUUUCGCUCGCUUCCUCUGUCUUCAUCGGGCAGCUGGCGGACUUGGCCACGACGCGCAAGAUGCCUCUGGUAGUGGCAUUACUUGUUGCCAUUGCGGGAACCCUGGCCGUUGCUGCGGCUACAGAUUUGUCAGUCAUUUAUAUUGGCCGAGUGCUCCAAUCUAUAGGCGCGACCGCUGCGUGGAUCGUUGGCGUGGCCACGCUUCGAGACUCGGUAGACGCCGAGCACAUGGGCAAGGCAUUCGGACUGUUGUAUAGCUGCAUAAGCACCGGGGAGCUCUUGGGGCCCGCGAUAUCAGGGGUGCUACUGACACUGGCCGGCUACUGGAUGGCCUGGGGCAGCGUAUUUGUCGUCAUGACACUGAACAUCGCAAUGAGGCUGGUCAUGGUCGAGGGCUCCAAGAGGACCGUCCCAUCCGGCGAUGCGUCUCCAAGACCGAGCGAAAGAUCGCCUCUGAUACCCGAUGCGAACCAGCCAGAACAAAGGCCGUCUGGAGAGGCGCCUGUCCAAGGACCGAUGGCCACGUCGGCAACUGCAUUCUACAGGGUCGUCCUUGUGCAGAGGAGGGUCAUCAUUUCGAUUCUAUGUUCCAUUGUUCACUCUGUGAUGCUCGCUAGCUACGGCACCACCAUACCGACUCAUGUCAAGUUUGCCUUUGGAUGGGAUAGCCUGCCAACCGGUCUGCUGUUUGCGCUCCUGCAAGUUCCCGUCACGCUUGCCAGCCCUCUCUACGGCUGGCUAAGGGACAAUAUUGGCACGAGAAAGCCGACAGCUUUCGGAUUUGCCUCGCUGGCUCCUAUUCUGUGGCUCCUCGGCGCCGCGAAUCAGAGACAAUUCCCGUGGGCUGCCUCGGAAGAAUCUGCCAAGGCCACAUACGUAGCCGCGAUCGUUGCCAUAGGACUUGUGACGAAUCUCACCAGUACCGUCAGUGCCUUUGAAAUAACCUGCGUCGUGGACGACUUUGAGUCCAAACAGCCGGGCAUAUUCGGACCUGGAGGAGGCUACUCGAGAUGCUACUCACUUGCCAACUUCGCCUUUGCAGCAGGUCUGCUACUUGGACCUCUCUUGUCGGGUGCACUAGCCGACUCUGUAGGUUAUUACCUGAUGAACGUACUUUUGGGCAAGUAUUCACCUCCCGUGCGGAGUCGGCCCAUGUUCUGA